AUGGCUCAACUACCUCAAUAAACAAGUUAUACUCCUGAUUCACAAUAGAUUUAGUAGCCAUCUCAAAUGAGUAUUAAACCACAACCAAUUACAUUCUAUCCACCUUAAAUGAUACAAUCUAAUCAAAAUUAUUAGAUGCAACAACAAUAAUAAUAUUAGUAAUAAUAACAAUAGCAGUUUUAAUAAUAAUAGGGAGGAGUACCUUAAUUAUAAUAAUAACCAUAAUAUUAAAACGAUGAUCAAAAAAUAAGAUAAAAUUAAUUAUCAUAGAAUCUAUAACAAUAAAUAAUGUAAUAAUAGUGGAAUGAAUAAUUUUAAUAGAUGCUUUAGAUGCAUCAUCAUAAUUAUUUAUUGUAAAAUUAGUUGCAGAAUGUGAUGAUGAAUUAAACAGCAUAAUCAGAAUAAGCAAGACAAGACUUAAUGAUUUAAUAACAGUAAUCUUUAUCAGACUUUACCAAUUUAUAGCCUGAAACAAUUACAGAAUAUAUUCCGGUUGAAAAGAAAAUAAUUGAAUAUGAAACAAGAAUAAAAAAGAUUCAAGUUCCUGUAACUCAUGAAAUAACUGAAUAUGUACCAGUAACAACAGAAACAAUAUCACCAGAGAGAACAGUUAGAUUAUCCCCUCCAAAAGAAGUACAUAUGGUUCCAACAGUUAUUUAAUAACCUCCAAUUUUAUAAUAGACUGUGAUUCCAAGACCUCCUUAAUUAUAAUUGAUUCAGACAAAUGCUUAAAUGACUAGAAUACCAUAACCAUCAUCAUUACCACCACCACCACCACCACCAUUACCACAAUUAUCAUUUUAAUAAUAUCAAUAAGUUCCAUUAACUUCAAUAAGAUCAUAACCAUAAUAAUCACCUCCAAGAAUAUUGAAUAAACCAACAGAAAUUCCAAUACCACCUCCACCUCCUCAUCUUCCUUUAUAACCUUUUAAUUAUACUCCAAAAGACUUUCCUACUAUGACUAUGCCUCCUCCAACAUAAUAUCAUCAUUCAAUUCCUUUAAAUUCACCUUAACCACCACCACCACCUCAUCCAUAAUUUGAUUCACCACCACCACCACCAUCUCUACCUCUACCACAUGAUUACUAAAAUAUUCCUCCAAUUAAUAAAUUCCCUCCUAAUUUACGUCCUUAAUUACCACCAUAAGUAUCAUAAAUACCUUAAUUACCAUAACAUAAUCAUUUAUAAUAACAUCCAAUUAAUCCAUAAUAACCACCUUUAUUACCUCAUCCACCUUAAUCUAGACCUCCUCCAUUUAUCCCAGAAUAGUAUUAUAGAGAUUCCAUAGAGGAUUAAUAAGAUUAAAAAUACUAUUAUUAAAGACCUCCUAUGAAAUAUCCAAAUCAUCCUGAUUUUUAAUAGACUAAUAAACAUCCAUCUGAAUAUGAUACACCCAACUAUCAUAUUAAUAAUUAUGAUAGUGAGAAUGUACUAAACUAAUCAAUAUUACACUUAGAUUAGAGAUAAACUAUCAGAACCAAUCCAAUAUCCAAAAAGAGCUCCUUUCAUACCAAAAUCAUAUGAUCCUGACCUAUAUAAUCAAAAAUAAGAUUAGUUUGAUAUCCCAUCUAAAGAUCAAUAAAAAAAAGGAAUCCAAAGAUCAGUUUAUGAAAAACGACCAUAAAAUACUACUCAUCAAUAAACCUAAAGAACAAAAGAAAACUACUUUAAAGACUCUAUAUUCUAAUGA